UCAAUUUCAUGGUAACUUAUUACCAAAUCAGGCUUGAAGAGGCAAAGAAAACGAUUAUCUUGUCUGAGUUACUAAAAGCUGACGUUUGAGAAGUCAUUGCUAUAAUUUUAACAGAAUGGUGCAAAACUUCAGAAUGUUAUUUAUUUGGUUCUUACUCUUAUGGUACUUGAGAAACUCCACUUCAUUGGACAGUUUAGCAGUGAGUCAAUCUAUCCAUGAUGGGGAGACAUUAGUUUCAGAAGAAGGAACAUUUGAAGUUGGUUUCUUUAGCCCUGGAACUUCAACAAGACGAUACGUAGGUAUAUGGUAUAGGAAUCUAUCUCCUUUAACAGUGGUCUGGGUUGCUAACAGAGAAAAUGCACUUCAGAAUAACGCAGGAGUUUUGAAACUUGAUGAAAGAGGGCUUCUUGUGAUUCUCAAUGGCACCAAUAGCACAAUUUGGUGGUCCAACAACACAUCAAGCAAAGUAGUAAAGAAUCCAAUUGCACAGCUUUUGGACUCUGGAAAUCUUGUUGUUAGAAAUGAAAGGGAUAUAAAUGAGGACAACUUUUUGUGGCAGAGUUUUGAUUAUCCUUGUGAUAAAUUUUUGCCAGGAAUGAAGCUUGGAUGGAACUUAGUAACUGGUCUAGAUAGAACAAUAACAUCUUGGAAAAAUGAAGAUGAUCCUUCUAAGGGAGAAUAUUCUAUGAAACUUGAUCUUAGAGGAUAUCCACAAGUUAUUGGAUACAAGGGGGAUGUAGUAAGAUUUAGAUCAGGCUCAUGGAAUGGACAGGCUUUGGUGGGUUAUCCAAUUCGUCCAUUCACACAAUAUGUACAUGAAUUAGUGUUUAAUGAAAAGGAAGUGUAUUAUGAGUAUAAGACCCUUGAUAGAUCGACUUUCUUCAUAGUUGCAUUGACCCCUUCAGGGAUUGGGAACUAUCUCCUUUGGACAAAUCAAACAAGGAGGAUAAAAGUUCUCUUAUUUGGUGAGUCAGAACCGUGUGAAAAAUAUGCUAUGUGUGGUGCAAAUUCUAUAUGCAACAUGGAUAAUAGCUCUCGGACAUGUGAUUGCAUCAAAGGGCAUGUUCCAAAGUUCCCUGAACAAUGGAAUGUAUCACAUUGGUAUAAUGGCUGUGUUCCAAGGAAUAAAUCUGAUUGUAAAACCAACAACACAGAUGGCUUCUUGAGGUAUACAGACAUGAAAAUUCCAGAUACAUCUUCAUCAUGGUUCGAUAAGACCAUGAACCUUGACGAAUGUCAGAAGUAUUGCCUGAAAAACUGCUCUUGUAAAGCAUAUGCAAAUUUGGAUAUCCGUGAUGGAGGAAGUGGGUGUUUACUUUGGUUUGAUGAUCUGAUUGAUAUGAGACACUUCUCUAAUGGAGGACAAGACCUUUAUUUGAGAGUCGUUUCUUUAGAGAUAGGUACUCAAUUUUUUUGGUUACUUCACUUCCCUUUCCUUUUCAUUGUCUGGUUAAUCAUAUAUUCCUUUUUUCUAUAUACAUCAUCCAAGCUAGAUUUUACUGCAGUCAAUGACAAAGGAAAAAACAUGAAAAAGAUGUUCGGAAUCACAAUUGGUACAAUUAUUCUUGGAUUGACUGCAAGUGUUUGCACAAUAAUGAUACUCAGAAAGCAAGGGGUAGCAAGAAUAAUUUAUAGGAACCAUUUCAAACGAAAACUGAGAAAAGAAGGCAUUGAUUUGUCCACAUUUGAUUUCCCCAUCAUAGAAAGAGCCACUGAAAACUUCACUGAGAGUAACAAAUUGGGAGAAGGUGGCUUUGGACCUGUGUACAAGGGAAGACUGAAGGAUGGCCAAGAGUUUGCUGUGAAAAGGCUUUCCAAGAAGUCAGGUCAAGGGUUGGAGGAGUUCAAAAAUGAAGUUGUAUUGAUUGCGAAACUUCAACACCGUAAUCUUGUGAAGCUUAUAGGUUGCUGCACUGAAGGAAAAGAAAGAAUGUUGAUCUAUGAAUACAUGCAAAACAAAAGCUUGGACUACUUUAUUUUUGAUGAAACUAGAAGGAAUUUGGUAGAUUGGCCUAAACGAUUUAACAUUAUUUGUGGCAUUGCUCGAGGACUUCUUUAUCUCCAUGAAGAUUCUAGAUUGAGGAUUGUACAUAGAGAUCUGAAAACUAGCAACAUUUUACUAGAUGAAAAUUUCAAUCCAAAAAUAUCAGACUUUGGCUUAGCACGAGCAUUCUUGGGAGAUCAAGUUGAGGCCAACACAAAUAGGGUGGCUGGAACAUAUGGGUACAUGCCUCCCGAGUAUGCUGCCUGCGGACAUUUUUCAAUGAAAUCAGAUGUCUUUAGUUAUGGUGUGAUAGUGUUAGAGAUUGUAUGUGGCCAAAGGAACAGAGAGUUUUCAGACCCAAAACACUACCUUAAUCUUCUUGGACAUGCAUGGAGAUUGUGGACUAAAGAGAGUGCAUUAGAACUAAUGGAUGGAGUGUUAAAGGAAAGAUUCACACCUUCUGAAGUCAUACGUUGCAUUCAAGUGGGCCUGUUAUGCGUACAACAAAGACCAGAAGAUAGGCCAAACAUGUCAUCAGUGGUUCUAAUGCUGAAUGGUGAGAAAUUAAUAUUGCCCAACCCGAAGGUUCCGGGUUUCUACACAAAAGGAGAUGUUACCCCUGAAUCAGAUAUUAAACCUGCAAAUCGCUUCUCAAGUAAUCAAAUUUCAAUCACCUUGUUAGAAGCAAGAUAGAGUAUGAAGGCAAUAAAUAAAUAAAAAAGACAAGGUUUUCCUUCGAAUCUGAGACAAAUUAGAUAUUUGCUAUUAUUAGCUCCUGUUUUAUCUGUUUUCAUUUACCAAGACACACAUACAAGUUGAAAUACUCUAUGGAGACAAUAAUGUUAAAAUGCAAUUUGGAAGAUUAUGAUUGUGAAAAAUUUUCUGGUUUUUGGAAUAGAUAAUUCGGGUCAUGGCAUUAAAUAAUUUGGAAGAAUAAGGCAUCGGUAUUCAAGGAAUGAGUACUGAAUAAGGUUUGCAACCUAGGGCCUUCAUCCUUGUAAACUCUUAGCAUGAAAGAUAUUAAGUUAUUUUUUAAUACCAUGCGUUUACAUUAUAUUGUAUGAAUGUAAUGUGCUUUCCCUAGGCAUUGUA